AUGGAAAUUGAACCACGAUGAGAACUCCACUCACUAAAUUAAACUCAUGAUCUGUAUAAAUAGGUUCACGGCAGCUGAACUGAUAUCAGUAACCGAGUCUCAUUCCUCACAAAGCCCAGCAUCAAAUCCACUAACCAUGUUCAAAUUGGCAUCGUUCCUUGCACUCAUCGCCGUAGCUGCCGCUCGACCAGGAUACCUGAGCCACUACGAGACACCAAUCGUCUACGAAUCAGCACCAAUCCUCCAUCAAGAAUAUGUGAAGGUUCAUGAACCAGUUGUCGCCAAAGUUGGAGCCAUCGUUGAAAGUAUUCCAUCUGCAGUGUCACAUCAAAGCCAAACAAUUGUCCAUAGCAAACCAAUUGUUACCCCAAUUCUUGCGACAGCUGUGAAGACCUACCACGCUCCCCUUGUGAAGAGCAUCGCAUCUCCAUUGAUCUACGAUUUAGAUAGCCAUUACCAUCAUCAUUGGUAAACGAAUGCAUUGACUGGCGGUAAAGUGAUGUGAAGAACGUUGUAAAUAGCUUUUAAACAAUAUAGCGUACUUCUUUUUGUAAAAGA